GAAAACAAUUUGCUCUUUGCUGUAUGUUUCUUUAUGAAAGUAUUUUCUUACACUAAAAAAAUAAUUGUUGCAGAAAAUAAGGGCGGUGUUAUACGGAAGAAGAAGUGUUUCUAAAAAAUAGAUUUAAUAACGAUAAAGCAAAAGUUUCAACAUCAGAAUAAAGAAAUUUAUAUAAAUAUGUUUAAAUCAACGUUCGACAAAAACUUGGACAACGCCACCAGUCAUUUGCGCUUGGAGCCUGAUUGGCCAUCAAUUAUGAUGAUUUGUGAUGAAAUUAAUCAGAAAGAUGUCACGCCUAAAAACGCUUUCGCUGCCAUUAAGAAGAAAAUGAUUUCACCCAAUCCCCACUCGGCUUUUUAUGCGUUAUUAGUACUGGAAAGUGUGGUCAAAAACUGUGGUGUUCCUAUGCACGAUGAGGUUUUUACAAAGGACAACUGUAAAAUGUUUAGCCAAUUUUUGGAGCAAACGAAUCAUGAGAAUGUUCGCUCUAAAAUGUUAGAAUUGAUACAAACAUGGGCAUACGCGUUUCGUUUAUCGGAUAAAUAUCAAGCUAUUAAGGAUACGCUGACCAUUUUAAAGACGAAUGGACAUCCUUUUCCUGAACUAAAAGAGGCAGAUGCUAUGUUCACUACGAAUAAUGCUCCCAAUUGGGCUGAUGGCAAGGUUUGUCAUCGCUGCCGUGUCGAAUUUACUAUAACUAACCGAAAGCAUCAUUGUCGUCAUUGUGGGCAAGUGUUUUGUGGUCAAUGCACGACGAAACAAUGCCCUUUACCUAAAUAUGGCAUAGAGAAAGAAGUGCGUGUCUGCGAUGGCUGCUUUACUUUAUUGCAACGUCCAAGUAGCGCCAAAACUGCCAUUCAUGCCGCAGACAGUGAUUUACCAGCUGAGUAUCUAAACAGUUCAUUGGCUCAACAGGUCCAGACCCCGCCGCGUAAAAGUGAGCAGGAAUUAAAAGAAGAAGAAGAACUACAGUUGGCAAUUGCUUUAAGCCAAUCGGAAGCUGAAAUAAAGAAGCAGCAAAAACAGCAGCAAUCUUUGGCAGCUUAUCGUUUUCAACAACGUUCUCCGAGUCCUGAGGCUCCUUCAGCUCCUAAGGAAACAGCAGAAGAAAACAACCCAGAUUUGGAAAAAUAUCUUAAUCGUAGUUAUUGGGAGCAGCGUAAAAUCAGUGACUCACCCAUGGCUAGCCCGUCAGCGCCUAGCCCGAUGCCACCAACACCACAACCUCAACAGGGUGAUCAAUCCGAAGCAACUCCGGCAGUGAAUGAUUUUCGUUCGAAAGCAACGGACGAACAAAAAAUCGACGAGUUCGCGAACAACAUGCGAGCCAAUGUGGAAAUUUUUGUGAACCGCAUGAAAUCUAACUCUAGUCGUGGUCGCAGUAUUGCCAACGAUAGCGCAGUUCAGUCUUUGUUUAUGAAUUUAACUUCAAUGCACUCUCAACAGCUGUCAUACAUUAAGGAAUUGGAUGAUAAACGCAUGUGGUAUGAACAGCUGCAGGAUAAAAUAACUCAGAUUAAAGAUUCACGUGCUGCUUUGGAUCUAUUGCGUCAGGAACAUACGGAGAAAUUAAGACUGAUGGCCGAGGAACAAGAACGCCAAAGACAAAUUCAAAUGGCUCAAAAGUUGGAAAUCAUGCGUAAAAAGAAGCAGGAGUACUUACAAUAUCAACGUCAAAUGGCUUUGAAACGCAUUCAAGAGCAAGAACGCGAAAUGCAGCUACGUCAAGAGCAACAAAUUGCUCAGUAUCGCAUCAGUCAGACAGCUUUUCCUUUUAUGCCUGCUUUGGCUGCUGGAAGAAUUGCGCAAAACUCGCCCCCGCAUCAAAUGACGGCUGGGGUUUAUAAUCCAUAUACGCCGGCGGCAACAUCAGUCGGAGGUGCCGCCGCUAUGCCUCCGUAUAGUCCAGCAAUGGCCACUGCUAUGCCUGGGAUGUACAUUCACAGCCCAAGUUUGCAGCCACCUCCACCACAAACAGCUAAUGUCAUGCCUCAACAGCCACACCAAAUUCAAGGACCCCUUGCUAACAUGAUUCCUACGCAACCGCUAGGGAAUGAACCACAACAGCAAUUAAGUCAAUUGCCGCAGCAACAGGUUGUUCCGCCACAACGACAACAGCAUCAAGUUGUUAACGAACUUCAAACAACGCAAUCGCAUGAACAACAGCAACAGCAAUUAGGUCAUAUUAUGUUGCAACAACAGGUUAUGCACAGUCAGGCGCCCAUCCCGAAUGCUCCUAACGCUCCAUCGCAUAUUGUAAUGGCUCAGCCGCCGUCCUCGACACCACCUCAGCAGCAACAACAAGCGCAGCAAUCGCAAGGGCCGUCGGUUUCAUCUCAGGCGGAUAAUCAGAUCCAAGCAAUUAAUUCGGCCCCAGCUCCGCCACAGCAUGAACCGGAACCCGCAAUGGUACCAGCUUCGAAGGAGCCUGCGACAGCUGAGCUUAUUAGUUUUGAUUAAAAAGAAUGAUACAAACGAUUACUCACUACUUUAAUAAACAAAUUUCGAUUUUAAAA